GUCUACCAACAAGGUCGUGAUUAUCGUGCCGCGAAAAGUAAAUUUAUUAAGCAGAAGAUUCAUAAAUCAUCAGACAGACAGAUUCGCGAAACUUUCUAUAUAAACGUGCGAAUGGCGGGAUGGCUGCUCAUUUCAUGUUUGAAAUCCCACCGAAAUCGAGCCACAAGUUGUCGCGUUCCCGUUGCUGCUUCCGUGUCGCCUGAGUGAAUCGUGGAACCAGCGAAGCGAGGAGUCCAGCUCAAUAAUUAAUAAUUGGUUGUGAUCUGAAUAAACGUGUGGAAAAAUAUUUGGUGGAGGUUGAACAAAUAACAAAAUAACAAAUUACAUAAAGAAUUAUCAGAUUGACAUUCAGCAAUUUGGCUUUGGCAAUGAAUGUGAAUGAAAGCGGGUGAUUCUGACUAUUUCAAUUGAAUAUAAACCUUGCAAAAAUGGUGCAGAAGGCCACACUGGCGCAACUUAAGAGUCUGCAAUGGGGACGUCUCUUCAAUAUGUUCUACAUAGAGCCGGUUGUCUUUAUGCUCAUCUUCUCGCAUGUGCUGUCGGGUACAAUCAUGCGCAAUCAGCUGAUCUACCAGACCUGUACAGUGAUCUUUCAGUACAACGAGACGGACUGCAAGCUCUUGGAUAGCAAAAACACCUCCACAGAGACACAAGCCAUCGAAACAGAGCUGCAAUCGUAUGUGGCCAACAUGUUCCUGAUCCGCACCCUCUUCGAGAGCAUUGUACCGGCAAUCUGUGGACUCUUUAUAGGCUCCUGGUCGGAUCACUAUGGACGCAAGCCCCUGCUGAUGGUAUCCAUGAUUGGCUUUUCAGCCUCUUCCCUGGUUUCGUCCAUUAUUUGCUGGAUGUCCAGCUACUAUAUGGUCAAUCCCUGGUGGUACACUGUGGCCGCGGUGCCCCACUCCAUGCUUGGAGGUCUGUGCGUGUUCUCGGUUGCCGCCUCCUGCUUCAUAUCGGACACAACGGAUGUUAAAACCAGGCCUUAUAGAAUGAUGUUCAUGGAGCUGAUUCUCUUUGUGGCCCUCACUAGUGGCUCGCUGCUCUCCGGCUUUGUCUAUGCGGCCACUAGUGCGGCCUUCGUGCAGAGUCUCUCCUGCUUGAUGAUCGUCUUGGCCACACUCUUCAUAGUGUUGUAUCUGCCCGAGAGCUUGGGCAUGCGGCAGGAUGAUGAGGAUAUACCAGAGAGGCAAAAGGAUGCGGCUGUGACCAUCACCAUCUCUGACCAGCAGCUGAAUGUAUCCGAGAAGUCUGAAAAGCUUGCUGAGAAACCCUCCCAGCUGGAGGAGAGUGCACCUGGUUUAUUCAGUCUAAAACACGUCAGAGGUAUGUUCAGUACUUGCUUCAAGCGGAGGGAGAAUAAUGCCCACUCCAUCAUCUGGCUGGUGACUUUUGCUGGCUUUGUCUCCAUCUUUGUCGGCGACGGCGUGAUGACUGUGAUGUAUCUGUAUGUGCGUCAGCAGUUUCACAUGACUGUGCGCGAGUACACCAUCUUCGAGACAGUCAGUCAAUCGGUGCCCAUGAUAGGAGCGCUCCUUGGCUUUCUUAUUUUAAAAAAGAUAUUCGGUCUAUCUGUGGUUGCGUUGGCCCUGCUCUCUCUCGUCUCGGAGAUACUCAGCAGCCUGGCCAAGGGCUUUGCCUUCCUAUCCUGGCACUUGUAUCUGUCGGUGGCUCUCGGAGUAUUUCGCUCUAUUCAGGGCCCCAUGUGUCGCACCAUAGUGUCCAAUAUAGUGCCAGCUUCUGAUACGGGUAAACUUUUUGCAAUUGGCAACAUUGUGCAAUCGCUUGCACCAUUUGUGGCCGCACCCCUGUACACGGCCAUCUACAAGGGCUCCCUGGCCAGCCACCCGGGAGGAUUCAACUUCCUCAGCGCGGCGCUCUACUUAAUAUCGUUUAUUCUGAUUGGCUGUGUUCUGAGAAUUAAGUUCAAGCACCGAACAUUCUAUGCCAAGUUGCUGAAGUAGUCAGAGCAAGCCGAAUGCCUCCCCCCAUCAAUAUUGAUUGAGGUCGAGUUUGUCAACUUUACAUAGCUUUCAAGUCGACAACUUUCCAAGGAGCACAUUGAAUAAAUACAACUAUUAA